AUGGCUUGCACGACGCUCACCACCACAACCACGGCGCUCACUGCCGCAAUCCACAAUCCCGACACCAACGAGCGGUUUACACUUGCCAUGGCUGCAAAGGAGCGCUCGAGCCUGGCCACAUCUGGCUUCUUUCCUAACCUCUCAUCCAAGCGGAUGGUUGGUGUGUCCAUCGGGUUACCACCGCGUGCACCAAGGUUUGUGAAACUGCUUGUGGUUCACGAAUAUGUAACCCGUCUGCGGGUCUGA